AUGAGGAUCCUCAAGGCCCUCCUCUCCGUCGCCCUUGUGGCCGACGUUGCCCUUGGCAGCACCUGGUUUUCCAAGGCCGCAUACAACAAGUGGCAUGAGACCGAGCUCGAGCGCUGGCUCUCUGAUCACGACAUUCCCUACCCGACUCCCGCCGACCGCAAGGACCUCCAGAAGCUCGUCGAGAAGAACUGGAACUCCUAUGUUGUCACUCCCUACAACUCGUGGGAUGCUGACCAGCUCAGCGCCUACCUGAAGCUCAAGGGCAUCGAGACCAAGAAAUCGGCUGAGAAGAACAAGGACUCCCUCGUUUCCCAGGUUCAGAGCUCCUGGUAUGAGACCGAGGACAAGGCUCAAUCGGCCUGGAUCACCGUCAAGGACUGGAUUCUCGACACCUGGACCGAGAGCCAACUCAAGGCUUUCUGCGACCACCACGGCAUUCCCGUUCCCCAACCCCGCAAGCGUGACACCUUGCUCCACAAGGCUCGCGAGAGCUAUGACACGGUUGCUGAGAAGGCAGGCGAGGCAGCUGCGUACCCUGGUAACUGGCUGUACGAGUCCUGGACCGAGUCUGACUUGAAGGAGUGGCUUGACACUCAUGGUUUCCCGGCUCCCCAACCCACUACUCGUGACAAGCUCAUCGCCUCUGUUCGUCGCAACUCUCGCCUUGCAUACCUGAAGAUGCAAGACGAGGCUGCAAGCUCAACCGCCAGCGCUCAGGCUGCUUACAAGACCCUGACUGACAAGCUGAUUGACGCCUGGGCCGAGUCUGACCUCAAGGAGUUCUGCGACAAGAACGGCAUCAACGUUCCCCACGGCAGCAAGGUCAACGAGCUGCGUGCCCUUGUUCGCAAGCACCGCGCCCAGAUUCUGGGCGACACCGUCUCUGCCUCGGCUGCGUCCGCCUACGGCGCUGCUACUUCCAACGCUGGCAACCAGUAUGCCAAGGCCUCCGACAGCGCUUCCCUGGCUGCCCAAGAUGCGUUCAACAAGGCCGUCGACACGUGGUCCGAGAGCCGACUCAAGGGCUACCUUGAUGCUCGUGGCAUCCCCGUCCCCCAUGCCUCCAAGACCGACGAGCUCCGAGCUCUCGUCCGCAAGAACGCACACAAGGCUGCCACAGGCUUCAACGCCUGGACCCUUGACGACCUUUCCUAUGACCACUUGAAGAAGUACCUCGAGGCCAACGGCAAUGCGGCAGCCAAGAAGACGGCCAACAAGGCCGGUGCUACCCGCGAUGAGCUUGUCAAGGCGGCCCAGUCGGCGUAUGCGUCUGCAUCCAAGACUGGCGGCACCCAGUACGCAUCUGCUACCGACUACCUCGCAUCUGCCACCCAGGCCGCCAAGGACUCCAUCUUUGACACGUGGAGCGAGAGCGAGCUGAAGGCUUAUCUCGACAGCUAUGGCGUGCCCGUCCCUCAGGGUAGCAAGAUCGACGAGCUCCGCGCUUAUGCCCGCAAGCAGUCUACCUAUUUCAGAUAUGGCACCAGCAGCCCGACUGGCACUCUGUUUGCCAAGCUCAGCGAGGGUGUCGCUGGCACCUGGGAGUGGGUUAAGGACCAGCUCAGCAUUGGAGCCGAUGCCGCCAAGAAGAAGUCUCAGGAGGCGGCCGACAAGGCCAAGGAGGCGGCUGACAAGGCCAAGAAUGAGUUGUAA